UUUUUUUUUUAGAAAAGCAUUGACUCUUGAAGAAUAAUUCUUAUUUAAAGCAAAAGCUGGAGUUCACUUCCGUCAACAACUUGAUUUUAAAAAGAGAAAAUAAAGGGAUACAAAACAAUAAUAGACAUAUAUCCUCAGCAGACAAGGAUCAUGGGAUCCAGGGUUUCACUGCCAGAGAGAAAGAUCAUACUUCUUGGGAAAACAGGAGACGGCAAAAGUAGCGCUGGGAAUACAAUUCUUGGAGAAAAUGUAUUCACCACUAAAAAUUGUAAUAUGGCUUCAUAUGGAAGAGUUGAAUAUCAAAAAAGAGAGGGGAAGGUUAAUGGAAGAAAGAUCACAGUUAUUGACACAACUGGAGCCUGUGACACAGAUCUUAAUGACGAGGAGAUAAAAUCUGAGAUCCUCAAAGCUCUAAUUAACUGCGCUCCUACCAUCGAUGCUUUUGUCGUUGUCCUACAGGUCGGAAGAUACACAGAACGUGAAAAUGCGGUGGUACAGAAAAUCCUGAAACCCUUCAAAGAAGAGCACUUCUUGAAACACACAGUGACCUUGUUCACAUUUGGUGAGCAACUGGAAGACCAAACCAUUGAAGAGUUUGUGAAGACCAGUUCACAUCUUCAGCAGCUGGUUGAUAAAUGUGGAGGACGCUGUCACGUCAUUGACAACAAACACUGGAAUAAAUGUAAAUGGGGCAACAAGAGCAACAAAGUACAGGUGAAAAAUCUGCUGAAUACCAUUGAUGAGAUGGUGGAAGAAAAUGGCCGCUUCACCAGUGAGGUGCUUCAAGAGGAGGAGAAAGACAUUCAAGAGGAGGAGAAAGACAUUCAAGAGGAGGAGAAAGACAUUCAAGAGGAGGAGAAAGACAUUCAAGAGGAGGAGAAACACAUUCAAGAGGAGGAGAAAGACAUUCAAGAGGAGGAGAAGAAUAUAACAGAGGAAAAUGUGUCUCCAGAAGAGCAACGAGAAAAUCCAAAGGCAAUUGUUCAUUGCAAUUAUCUGAAUCAGUUUGCAGGAGCAGCAGCAGGGGCUGUGCUUUGUGCUCUUAUCGCAAGCAGUGUUGUAGUAGCUCCAGUUCUGUAUAUUUUAAAAUCAUAUUUCACUCUAAAAACAGCAUUUGCCGAGGCAGGUGUAGGUAGUACAGUAGUGGCAGAAGGAGCAGGAGUAGGUGCAGGUACAUUAGCUGCAAGUGUUCUUGGAGUUGCCGCUUUUGUGGGAGCUGUUGGUGGAGGAAUAUUUGGUUGGAAUGCGACAGAAGAAGCUGAAUUUAUGGGCGAUGCCAUAACAAAGGUGGCAUCAGAAAUCUGGAAGCAUAGAAACAUUCUGGUGACCCAUACUCAGAAUUUGUGCUCUGCAUUUAACCCAUCCAAAGUGCACACACACAGCAGUGAACACACACACCCGAAGCAGUGAGCAGCCACUUAUGCUGCAGCAGCCGGGGAGCAGUUUUGGGGGCUGGUGCCUUGCUCAAGGGCACCUAAGUCGUGGUAUUGCCGGCAAGAGAAUCAAACCCACAACCUUAGGGUUAGGAGUCAAACUCUCUAACCACUAGGCCACGACUUCCCACAGGAAAUGCGUUGGCCAGGAAUCGAACCUGGGUCAACUGCUUGGAAGGCAUCAAUGCUCACCACUAUACCACUAAAACAGGAUAAUAGCAAAAAGGCAAAUAAAUAAGUAAAAGAACAAAACCCAACAACAAUUGUUUCAU